AGGAAGUGAGAGGAGCAGGAGUCAAGACAGACAUGCCAGUACUGGAGGUGAUCUGCAGCCUCAUUGGCUGGUAUGGCCUCUACCUGUUGUUCUGCUACACCUUUGCUCAGCGGGGGCCAGAGUGGAACUGUCGGCUAGUCACUUUGUCUCACGGGGUCUUUAUAGUGCUGCUGACAGCAUAUGUCGUCUUCAUAGAUGGACCCUGGCCUUUCACACAUGCAGGCACAGAAAACACUGAGCUCCAGACCUUCUCCCUGGCCAUCUGCCUUGGCUACUUCUUCUUUGAUAUGUGCUGGUGUGUUUGGCACCACAGUGAGGGUCCUGUCAUGCUGGCGCACCAUGCUGCAAGUAUCAUGGGCAUCCUGCUGGCUCUGCUCAUGGGAGUUUCAGGCUGUGAAACCUGUGGCGUUAUUUUCGGAAGUGAGAUCACCAACCCCUUGCUGCAGACCCGCUGGUUCCUCCGCAAGCUGGGCCUGUACGACAGCCUGCUGGGCGAUGCUGUGGACCUGCUUUUUAUUUUAUUGUUUGCCACAGUGCGAGUGGGAGUCGGCACUGUGAUGUUUUACUGUGAGAUCACAUCUCCCAGGACCACACUGAUAAUGAAGAUCGGCGGCGUGGUCAUGUAUGGACUGGCCUGGGUGUUCAUGGUGGACAUUGCCAGAUUUGGCUACAAGAAAAGUAGAGCUAAGUAUAAAAGGUGGCUAGAGAACCACAAGUUCAAAGAAAUCAACACACAAAAACCAGGAGGACUUUCAGACAAGAGUGACUGAAGAAUUGCAGCUUAAAGAAAGUUCUUGCAGGAACAAAGGCAAAGCUUGUACAAAGCGUGCUGCCUUUAUGUGACAUAAGCUUGCUUACAUAGGAUUGCUUUAUGGCACAAAACUGAAAGAGGAAAUAUUACUGUUAUAUUGCACAUGAUGUUCUGUCUUUAAACUGGAAAUUAAUCCAGUUACUCUGCAGGGAACACGUUUUUACAGCUAGAGGCAUAAAGGGGUUUUUCAAAAUCAAACUCAAGCUACCACUUCUUGAUGUCCUCUUGAUGUCUUGAUUCCUGGUAUCAGUCUGACAAACAUUUCUUCAGAUAAUUUUUAAUGCUGGGCUUUUACUUGCUGACAUUGGUCGAGAGGUGGGGUACACAAUGAUCAUGCACUAAUUCAUCUCAGGGCUGACACAUAUAGCAAUUCACACUCGCAUUUAAAUCUAUGAGCAAUUUAGUCACCAAUUAACUUGGAUGUUGGUUGAUGGAGGAAGUCCAAGUACCCGGAGAGUAACCACACAGACACAAGGAGAACAUGCAGAAAGAACCCAUCCAGCUGGCGGGUUUGAAUCCAGAACCUUCUUUCUGUAAGGUGACAGUGCUAACCAUUGUAGGAUCAUAAAGGUUUCUUAAUGCGCAAACUGGAAAAUGCAUAAACAGGUGGAUUGAAAUAAUGUCUGACUAAACUGUCAACUUUAGAGCUGUAACAAUUAAUUAUUUGUUUAUUUGUGAUCUGUGUAGCGAAAGUAUUUGUGGCCUAAAUUCACAAUGCACGGCAGUAAUCAGUGAAAUAGUGCUGAGGGUUGCAUGAUGAUUUAUAUCAAUGUUAUGUGUGAUCGAUGGCCAUAAGUCAUCUUUUCUUAAAGCCAUCAGCCAUAUUUUUAAGUAUACCUCAAUCCACCAAACCGGUGUUCACUUAUAUUUUACAUGUUCUCAGCUACAACAGAAUCAUGUGAAUUUAUUCUCUAUGAAAACAAUAAGAUGGUCUUUCUGUUAAAAUAAAGCUUCUGUGGAAAGAGUUUUGUAUUAAAAGACUUUGAUUGAGUCCACAUCUGCAUGUUUUUGGUCUUCUUUGCCAUCUUGUCAAUUUGCUCACGAAACCUUGAGUUCAUCUUACAACUGAGUCAUUACUUGCAGACAUAAAACUAUAUACUCUACUUGUGGCCUGUUUUUAUUUAUGUCUUCAGUAAGAACCAGUAGGUUUGGGGAUGAAUACCAAAACCAGGGUGCAAAAAAAGUUUGUAAAUACUAACUGACAAGUUUUCUUUUUCUGUGCUGUAAAAAAAA